AUGCUACUGAUCGAUUGUUUCCGUCGGCCAUCGCACGAGCUGCAGGCAAGGAAGAAACAAUCCUCGAAGGAGUUGGUGCAGAUGCGCAAGCUGUACCGUGAUCCGGUGAAGAUACUGUUGCUCGGUGCUGGUGAAUCGGGCAAAACUACCAUCAUCAAACAGAUGCGCAUCCUGCACAUACAGAACAGCUACAGCUUUGAUGAACGGUUGGAGAAGCUAACGGACAUAUACGAGAACAUCCACGAAUCGAUAUACGAGCUGGUGCGGCAUGUGGUACUGCUCGAGCUGGAGUUCGAUUCGCUCGCCAACCAACGGUGUGCGGAGUACAUACUGCGAAUGGGUCUGCAAGCACCCUGGAAUCUCUCGACCGAGUAUGUGCAUUGCGUACGUCGGCUGUGGUCCGACACCGGUGUCAAGCGGUGCUACAAACGCUCGAACGAAUUCCAGCUGAUCGAGAGUGCGAAAUACUUCCUUGAUCGGGUGGAAAAGAUCUCAAUGCCGGGGUACAUACCGAGCAACAGUGAUAUCCUGAACUGCCGCAAAACCACGACCGGUAUACAGGAGAUCCGUUUCAACGUACGCAUGCCCAGCUCGCUCGGUGGCGGCAUGCAAGAAUUUCGCAUGUUUGAUGUCGGUGGUCAACGACAUCACCGUAGCAAGUGGAUGCAAGCAUUCGAAGGUGUACAGGCCGUUCUGUUUCUGAUCUCGUGCGGUGGCUUCGAUCAAACGCUACGGGAAGAUCCCAAACAGAACCGACUGGCCGAAGGGUUCGAGCUGUUUCGGGGUGUUUGGCACAAUCGUUUCCUGGCCGAAACCGGUGUGAUCGUGUUUAUGAACAAACAGGACGUGCUGGAACAGAAGCUGUUGGCGGGCAAAUCGAUACGAACGUACUUUCCCGACUACGAUGAUUAUGUGGCGUUCGCCGACAAGGAUCAGCUGUAUGAUGAGCUGGCGCGUACAAGAUCCUUUAUCCGAUCGAAGCUGGUGGACAUUACGAAUGAACCACCGCGAAGAACGUCCCAUCUGGUGGGAAGGAAGCGGACGUGCUUCUUCCAUUUUACCAUUGCCACCGACACGCAGAACGUGCGCACCGUGUUCAACGAUGUGCAUAACAUAAUUCUGACGAAAAAUCUUUCCAAGAUGGACUUACUUUAGUCGCAAGA